AUGUUCGCCCAAGCCGUCCUCCUCAUCGCCUUCGCGUCCAACGCAUUCGGCACACCCUACGUAGUCACCAACCCCAAGGACCUCUACAGCACCUGGUCCAGCGACGACUUCAGCGCCACGCCCGCCCCCAACGGCCAUUCCAUCAAAUGGUCAUUCACCGUGAAAGGACACAACGGUGUUCCAGACCCAGGAAACUUUGCAGCUUAUUGCCAUGGCCUGCAGGUGGUUUCGGACGACCUCGAUCUCAAGGGCAAGCCUGAAUUUGAGCGCUGCAACGACACUGCGUACGAGGCUCGCCAGUACUUUUCUGGGCAGCUCACUACUGUCGAGGUUCGGCGCACGGAUUAUCCUGAUCUUGGAAAGGAGGUGCAGAUCUCUGCUACGGCGAAUUAUAGCUCGACCAACGAUAACAUUGUGGGUGAGCACUUAAAGUUUGGCGAUUUCCAGACAAAGUUCAUUUCUACGUUCAUUCAGGAUUAG